CACACAGACACACACACACACACAGUGAGCUCUCAGAUUGCUGCACUCAGUGUCUGUAAAGUCACUAUGCUGGGGACACACUCUCACACACUCUCACACACACACAGAGCACACACAGACGCACUUCUUCCUUCUUUCCCUUCUUUUAACUUAAAAAAAAACCUGACGGAUUUAAACCUCGGAUCUGUUUUGAUUUUUAAAUAAACAAAACAAAACAGAAAGUUGCUGGAUUUUUCAUUUACCUGGAAAAACUUUCUUUUUUUUAAUAUUAAUUAUUUUUUAAAACACGGCUGAUUAUUUUGACUCAGGCUGAAGACUCAAAGCUUCAAACUUUUUUAAGGACAUUAAACAAAAUGUAGAAUCGUUUGUUGAAAUCGGCUCGUUUUCUACCCUGGAUGCGGGUCAGCAAGUGAUCUUUAAAUCAUUUUUGACUUCACGCUGAAAACAUCUGAUGAACAUGUUCAUGAUUUGCAUGAAGUGGACGUGAGUGUGAAGAGAAAGUGACCUCGACGAGGCUGAAGGAACUGAACUGCAGCGACUCCAGCUCUGAUUCACUCACGCUUUGUGUUGCCGAAUUGAACAAUAAGAGACUUUGUACAGAAGGUUUUCUUUUUCAUUGUUAUCAUCACGGCGGAUCGUGUAAAGUAUCCAGUGAACACGUUAAGGUUUGUCAGUGAACUUAGAAUCACCUGCUGCACCUAACAUCCACGUUUUGGAUUAAUUUUUGGGUUUUUUUUUUUUAUUCGAGUUCUCCAAUUGCUCCAGCUUUAAACUCAUUUUUUUUAAAGCUUCUUAAGCUGAUAUUUAAAACUAAAUCCAAACACAUGCAAAUUUCCAUCUGCUGGAAAGGAUUCUUUAACUGUUUGAAUGCUUUUGCUGUAAUGCCACAUUGAGUUGAAAAAAGGAGAGUAAUUUUUGAAAGUAUUAUCAUCAUGUUGGUUCAUGAGGUCACGCCUCUGAUGAACAGCUUUACGGUUUCUUCUCCUCAGGUCAGUCAGUUAUAAACUCAUUCAGCUAUAAAUGGCUCCAGUUUAACACAAGGCCAGUUAGUGAGUUUUUUGUGAUCAUGUGAGCAGCGUCCAGUGCCGUCUGAAGUAAACGUGUUCUGAAACGCUUUCCGAAAAAAAAAACCCAUAUACUUUGUAAAACUGAUACAGACGUGACCCUGUCAUCAUCGCCGCGAUUAUGUCGAAGACUUCAGACCACGUGAAACGCCCGAUGAACGCCUUCAUGGUCUGGUCUCGAGCCCAGCGCCGGCAGAUGGCACAAGAGAACCCGAAGAUGCACAACUCUGAGAUCAGUAAGCGUCUCGGUGCCGAGUGGAAGCUGCUCACCGAUUCUGAGAAACGUCCAUUCAUCGACGAGGCCAAGAGACUCCGCGCGCUGCACAUGAAGGAGCAUCCUGACUACAAAUACCGACCACGACGGAAACCGAAGACGCUUGCCAAGAAGGAGAAGUUUGCCCUGGCUCUGCCAUACGGAGUGCACGCAGAAGCAGACGCACUGAAACCCACCGCCGAGUCUCUGGUGCGCACUUCAGACAGAGCCAGGAUCCUGUUCGCUCCGUCCAUCUGUGCCAAUCCCUACUCCUUUCUGGAUUUCGGAUCCAAGAUGGCCGACUUCUCUCCACCUCCCCCUCCUCCACCUCCUCUCCCACCGGCGAUGCCGUCCUUCCCGUACCCGUCAUCACUGGGUUUCCCGCCUUUUUCCGGCGUCCACGCGCACACCAGUGCACACAAUCCAGCCUUUCUGAUGCCUUGCAGCUGCAGCGCCUGGCCUUCAUCGUCGUCAUCAUCAUCCUCCUCUACGUCGUCUUCAUCGUCCUCGUCAUUUUCUACACCGUUGGCGUACAUCCUGCUGCCCGGCGUUGGGAAAGCACCGAUCGAGCCGUAUCACGCUUAUGCUACCGCAUUAUGAGACAAAGAAUCGUGAAAAAUGUUGCACAAUGAAAAGCUGAAAUGUGUGUCAGAGUGCAAAGAGCGAACAAACAAACAAAUAAACAAAAGGACAUUUUGUUGUUUACUUUGACGUAAUAAGCCUGUGCAUGAAGUCAUCUAAAGAACGUACUGAAGGAGAUAAUAAUCACUCAGCCUCGUACUGUUAAAGGAAAAUAAUGAAGGACAGGACGGUGUGAUGAAAGUUAACAGCGCAACCCCGAGUGUUUUAUUCCUCUUACACCACUUCAUUUAUCACUGAACAGCACUGAUAUAUCACAAUAUUUAUCCCUUUAUUGUUACACUGAGUAGUGAGCCGAAAGAGUCUCACUUGUUCCUUCACUUGUUUCUCUUAUUCUUUAAAAAAAAUCAUGGUUUGUCACUGGAGACUCCUUCCAUCAACGUUACAUAAACAUCACCAUAGCAACGGCAUUCAUUUUUGGCAAACCAUGCAUCCGCCCGCCAUACGAGUCCCUGUGAACGAACUGUUGCUAUAGCAACUCUAGCAUAUACAUGCUUCUAGAAAAUUCCUCAAAAACUUGACGACCAAUCAGAAUCGAGAAUUGUGGUGUAACGAGGUUAAAACGAAGAGAGUAUAAAGUGUACCUGAUUAAAUCUGUGUGUGUGUGUGUGUGUGUGUGCAAAAUGUAAAAUAUGAAAUAUUUACACUGUUGUAAUAUAAUGAGGGCAUAAGAGAGAAUGUGGAAAACUGUGUGUGUGUCCUCAAUAUGUCCUAUAACACAUUUGUGUAACAAAAAGUUUUCACACGUCCAAUGAAGGUACUUUUUUUUCCGAUCUAAAAUUCCGGUCUAAAAGUCUGUGCCUGUGUUUACAGGAAUCACUUCCUGUCUUUUUGUGUUUCUGUAAGGACGAGACAAAUCAUAACGUUUUAUACGGUUCACACCGACGUGACCCGCGAUGUCUCAUGGAGUCGCAACGACGGACUUUUACAUUUCAUUUAAUUUCUUGUGCGUUUAAGGAAUAUUUCUAAAGAAUUGAAGAAAGUCUGAAAUGGAAAAAAAACGGAAAUGACACUCAGCACUAAAACGUGUGUGUGUGUGUGUGUGUGUGUGUUACAUUGUGUACGGCUCAAAGGUGUAAAUAUAGCCGUCGCUAAAAGCAAUCAGACUUUUAAACAUGUUCUUUUGUAUAAAAAAAUAAUUUAACAAGUGUAAAAAAAGAUGAAUGAAAAUGUUUUUCAUUUCUUUUUUAAUCUGACAUUUUGACCAUUAUUUUUGUUCAAAUAAGGAUGUGUGUGUGUGUGUGUGUGUGUAUGUGUGUGUGUGUGUUUGUGUGUGUGUGAGAGAGAGAGAGAGAGAGAGAGAGAGAGAGAGAGUGUGUGUGUGGUUAUUUUUUUAAUGCUGUGAUUAAUAUUUAUAUGUAUUGUGAAAAAACAUUAAUUUGAAGGAACAUUGUGAACACACACACACACACUAUGAGAAUGUGACUAACCAUGUGUGUGUGUGUGUGGUAAUAAAGCGCACUUCUUGCUCCAUAGUGAACGACACUACACACUCUUCCAAGUCCCUUUUUCUGUCCCUCCUCCCAGUGCAGGUGGAGUGUGUAAAGGAUCCGGAAUAAAAGAAAGAAA